AUGUCUUCAUCAUCGGAAAAGAAAUCUGAAAAAGAAAAAAGUGCAUUGAAUAUAAUAAAAAAUUGGUUUUUAAAUUCUCCAACACAUGGAAUUCGACGAAUUAGUUGUGCUACUUCAAUAUUUGAACGUAUUUUUUGGUCAACAACAUUUCUAGCAUUUACAGCAUUAAUGUGUAUUUUUAUUUAUACAGUUAUUUUAAAAUAUAUUGGUAAUCCAACAAAAAUUAAUCUAAGUGUAAAACACUAUCGUGAUCCAAUAAAUUUUCCAGCAGUUACUUUUUGUAAUCUUAAUCCUCUUCGAAAUGAGAGUUUAGUUGAUGAUGAUAUACAUCAUCAACAUACUCCUACUUCAUAUUCAUCUUAUAUAGAUAACGACUAUCAAAAUAAAUUUAGUGAAUAUAUGAUUAGACUUCUUGCUAAAAAUCUUAAAAAUAAACGAUCACCAAUAAUUGAAUCAGGUUAUAAAUUAAAUGAUCUUCUUAUUAAAUGUACAUUUAAUGGACGAUUUUGUCAUCGAAAUUUAACAUCUUUUUUUCAUCCAAAUUAUGGAAAUUGUUAUACAUUUAAUAAUGACAUUCAUGUUGAUCGUACACAACGAAAUGAUUCAUUACAUCGAUGGUCAAUUGAUGAUGAAGAUGUUGAAGAUAGUUAUAAAUUAUUUCUUGAAUUAUAUCUUUAUCAAAAUGAAUAUAUUCCAUAUCUUGAUGAUCGAGCAGCAAUACGUUUAUUUAUUCAUCGUAAACAUCAAAUACCUAUAUUAUCUCAAACAAGUCUUUUUUUACCACCAACAACAUUUACAAAACUUAUUUUUUCUCAACGUAUUAUAUCAUUUUCUCAACGAUGUCGAAAUAAUUUAACUAAUAAUAUGAAACGAAUAUUUGGUUCAAAUAAUGUACGAUAUUCUCAAACAUUAUGUUUUAAAUUAUGUGAAUUUCGUUUUAUUAAAAAAUUAUGUAAUUGUACAGAUCAAUUACUUAUGGUAUUUUUACAAUUUUUUUCUCAAAAUUAUACGACAUAUGCAAAUACAGAUAAUUUAUGUUCAAUAAAAAAUAAAUGUCUUACAUAUCGUAAUCUUUUUAAUUCAAGUAAACAUUGUCCAGAAUGUUUACCUGAAUGUGAACUUAUUCAAUAUAAAAUUCAAUCAUCAUAUGCUGAUUAUCCAAAUACACGUUCAACAGACAAAGUUUUACAACGUGUAGAAAACUAUUUAAAAACUACUGGAUAUUCAGUAGUUCCUUUAAAUACAUCAGCUUGUUCAAAUAAUCGUAAAGGAGCUUUACUUGAUAAUAUUGUUGCUGUUGAAAUAUCAGCAAGUCCAUUUGCAACAGAAAUUUUAUCUGAAUCACUAAUGUAUACAUGGGUUGAUGUUAUAUCAAGUAUUGGUGGGCAAACAGGACUUUGGAUUGGUGUUAGUUUAAUAAGUUUUGUUGAAAUUGCAGAAUUAUUAUUUCUUCUUAUGUGCCAUUUUAUUAAAACGAUCUAUCAAAGUAUAUUAAAUCACUGGAAAAAUCUUUAUGAACGAGUUUUUAUAAGAAAAACAUCGACCAAACUUUAA